UCGACGGUGUGGAAGAUCAUCGCCAUGGAGGGCAUGGAGCGCUUCGCCUACUACGGCUUCCGCGCCAUCCUCACGCUCUUCUUCGUGCGGCGUCUGGGCAUGGCGGAGUCGACGGCCGUGAGCUACUUCGCGUUCACGAGCGCGCUGGCCUACGCGUCGCCGCUCCUCGGCGCGUGGCUCGCCGACGAGCGCUGGGGCCGCUUCGCGACGAUCGCGGCCCUCGGCGCCGUGUACUGCUGCGGCAUGGUCGUCCUCGUCGCGGCCGCCGCGGCGACGUCGACCGCCGGCGCGCUCGGCGCGCUCGCGCUCGUCGGGCUGGGCACGGGCGGCAUCAAGCCCUGCGUGAGCUCCUUCGGCGCGGACCAGAUCUCGACGGCCGACGGCGGCGACGACGACGCCGUGCGCGGCUAUUUCAGCGUGUUCUACGCGUCGAUCAACGUCGGGUCCGUGCUCUCCUUCGUCGUGACGCCCGUCGUCCGGAGCAGCUUCGGCUACGCCGCGGCGUUCUCCGUGCCCGCGGCGCUCCUCGCGCUCGCGCUCGCCGUCUUCGCGUCCGCGCGCAAGGACUACGUCGUCGUGCCGCCCAAGGCCGACGGCUCCGUGCUCUUCGCGCUCACGCGGGCGCUGUCGUCGGCGCCGUCGGACGACCCGGACGUCGCGGCGCUGCGAAGCAGCUUCUCCGUGCUGGCGAUGCUGCCGGUGUUCUGGAUGCUCUACGACCAGCAGGGGAGCGUGUGGGUCGUGCAGGCGAGCGAGAUGGGCACCUUCGGCGGCAGGAUCCAGCCGGAGCAGCUCGGCGUCGUGAACCCGGUGCUGAUCCUCGUUUUGUUGCCGCUCUUCGAGCGCUCGCUCUACCCGGCGCUCGCGGCCGCGCGCGUGCCCAUCCGCCCGCCGCACCGCAUGGUCGCGGGCAUGGUCGUCGCGGCCCUGUCGUUCGUCGUCGCCGCCGGCGUCGACCUCGCGCUCCAGCGGGGCCACGAGCUGAACAUCCUCUGGCAGCUACCGCAGAUCUUCCUGAUCACCGUCGCGGAGAUCCUGGUGUCGAUCACGGGCCUCGAGUUCUCCUACACGCAGGCGCCGCGCGAGCUCCGCGCGUCCGUGUCCGCGAUCUUCCUGCUGACGACGUCCGUCGGCGACGUCAUGGGCGGCGUCCUC